AUGUGUACAAGCUGCGGAUAUUAUUGUUGCGCAUCUGAUGAAACAUGUAGCGGUACUGGUGGUUGUAUAUCGAAUUUAACAGGAUCACGAACCUGGUUGUUUGUUGGUGUCUCCAUUGGCCCUAUUUUAAUUCUGAUGGUUUGCAUACCUGUGUGUCUGUGUUGUAAAUCAGCAAGAGCCAAACCAGUAUCAUUUAUUAAUCCUGCAGCUACUCAUCGUCAGCGCUCACCGUCUAUGGAUAGAGAUUUAAUCGCCAUGAUCACGCAACAACAAUACAAAGUUUAA